AUGGAAGCCGAAAUCGCACCCGUCGUGAUAGAUAAUGGAUCAGGUGUGUGUAAGGCUGGGUUUGCAGGUGAUGAGGCGCCACAAGUUGUCUUUCCUUCUAUAAUUGGACGUCCCAGACAUCAAAUAGUGGUUAAAAUGGGGCAGAAAGGCUUGUACGUUGGAGAUGAGGCUCAGUAUAGGAGAGACGCGCUUACACUUCAUUACCCGAUCGAGCGAGGUAUUGUCACUAACUGGAACGAUAUGGAAAAGAUCUGGCAUCACACCUUCUAUAGCGAGCUUCGAAUCUCACCCGAAGAACAUCCUGUGCUUCUCACUGAGCCUUCCUUGAAUCCAAAGGGCAACAGAGAAAAGAUGACGCAGAUUAUGUUCGAGACUUUCAAUACUCCAGCUAUGUACGUAAGCACCCAAGCUGUGUUAGCACAUUAUGCAUUCGGCCGUACUAGCAGUGUCGUCCUUGAAAUUGGUGACGGUCUUACCAACAUUGUGCCCAUUUAUCAGGGCUAUUUUCUUCCUCACGCUGCCAAGAGGAUUGACAUGGCCGGUCGUGACCUUACAGACUACAUGAUGAGAAUUCUUACCGAGCGCGGCUAUUUUUUUACUACCACGGCCGAACGUGAAACAGUUAGGGACAUCAAGGAAAAGCUCUGCUAUGUUGCACCCGAUUUUAAGCAAGAACUUAUCAUUUCCAGUCAGUCGACGUUAUUGGAGAAGAACUACGAAGCUCCUGAUGGGCAGAUCAUUACAUUAGGAAACGAGCGUUUCCGCUGUCCGGAAAUACUCUUUGCACCCUCUUACAUUGGAUCAGAUUCAAAAGGAAUCCAUGAGACCACAUACAAGUCCAUCAUGAGCUGUGAUAUUGACAUAAGAAAGGUUGUUUUGAGGAUUAUGUAUUUUUGCAAAGUGUAG